GCAGGAGGAAACUCCCUCUUAUCUGAGCUCCUCCUGACAACAACCGCAUUUCCAUGUCACUCCGAAGUGAGACCAGCAGCACUGCAGACAUGAGCCAGACAGCUGAGCAUCUGCUGAUCAUCUACGAGACCGAGGCAAAGCAAUGGGCCACCUACCUGCAGUCAGUUUUCUCCGGUCCCAUCCCAGAGGCCGGGAUCUGCUGCUAUGACAUCGCUGCCGUGUCCAGCCGGAGGAACGACUUCCUCCAGCUGGGCCAGUACGCCUGCAAGCUCCUGAUCCUCUCCAAGGGCAUGCUGGAGGGCCUCUGCCAGAUGCGGCGCUUCUUCCUGGCCCGCGUGUUGAGCCCCGCGGGCCGCGUGGUCGUGCUGCUGUGCGGGGUGGACAGCCUGGCGCCGUUGCUGGAGCUGGUGCCCCUGAACGGCGAACAGUGCCUGCUCAUCUCCAGCGAACAGGACGCUCCUGAGUACCUGACCGCUGUGACUGACAUCGUGAAAAAAGGAAAGACGAGCCCCCCGACACAUAAACGAUCAGGAUCAGGGCAGAAGGUGGAACAAACGCAGUCAACUGGAGCUGACGGCGCCAAAUCCAACAUCGUGGUCAUUCCUUCCAGAGUUCCCUGCGGGAGCUCCACUGAGGUGUACAUCCUAUUGAAAAAUGAGGCGGCCGGCGGCAGCGCGGAGGUUGAGUUCACCGGCGAGAAUCAGAAGCUAAGGCUGAAGCCGGUCCGCUGGAAUGAGCAGACCCUGUGUGUCGGUGCACCAGAUUUUCCAGCAGGGAUUGUAACAGUGACCGUCUAUAGUGGCGGAGUGGCACUGAACAAGGCAACGUUGCGGUAUUACAGCAACAUGGAGGAGAUAACCCGCCUUCUGUCGACCGUAGCGGACCCUGUAGAUUUCAUGUGUCAGGCUCUACAGGUGUCCUCCGUGGACAAGCUGGACCAGAAGUUGUCCUCCAUGCUGCUGGAGAGCAUGCCCACCGGAGGCUUCCAGGGACUGCAGUGUGAAGACACACCUGAAAGAGUAGAGCUCCACCACGCGGAUGUGCCCUCGCUCCUCCACUUCGCUGCUCAGUACGGAUUCAGAAGCGUCUCCAGCCUUCUCCUGCAGUGUCCGGGUGCAGAACGAGCUCUGCACACGGCCAACCGCCACGGACAGACUCCCACCGAGAUCGCCAAGAGUCACGGCCAUACGGAUCUUCACGUCUUGUUGAAAGAAACACUGAAUAUGUUCAACCCAGGCGAGGACGACGGUGACGCCGGCGUGUACGAGAUGAUGUGCAACACAGUUACAGACGUACAGAAGCAGCAACAGGGAGAGGACGAAGAGGGGGAGGCGGAGGAGGCGGCGGAGGAGGAGGAGGAGGCGGAGGAGGAGGAGGAGGAGGAGGACAUCUACGCCCCGCUGGGGGUGAAGGACGACUUUGACGCCGGUCUGAACUCGGCAAAAGCGGCGCUCAUCGCCAAUCGCCCGCCGGCGCCCACGCCUCGGCCCGAGAACACCCAAUCCAAGGAGGACACGACCCCUUACAUCGCUCAAGUGUUCCAGAAGAAGAAGAAGACGCCUCAGAGCGAUGGUGAUCUGUAUUCACUUCCCAGUAAACAAGCGCGCGAGAGGGAGGACAGCAUCGCCUCCACCUAUGACACCUUCGUACCCAACAACACGACCAACAUACACAAGCUGGAGCAGCUCAUCGAGCUCCAGGAGAGGGUGAAGGCAGGUUUGCUCACAGUGGACGAGGCCGUCGAGCGCUUCAGCGACUGGCAGCAGGUUCAGAAGGGCAUGGAUCCCAAGCAGCAGGAGAAGCCGAGUCCUCCCAGAACCUCCGGCAACAGAGAGUACGACGACACCGUGUAUGAUAAAAUCAACAUCGUUCAUCACACGCCAAGUGUUACGGCGAAUGAAAGUCGGAGGGGAAGCCAAGCGGAGGAGUCGGAUUUUUACAGCAAGCCACUUAAAGGACAGCAAACAAACUUCUUUCGGAAAGCUGACAAGCGAUGAAGAUUCCGGUCGUCCAACCAGCAUCGUGUUACUCCACCAUUUAUAACAUCUCUACCCACUUUAAAUUCAUGUUUGUUUAUUUAUGAAGAUAAACUGUACUAUAUACUAUAAUAACUGAUAUGUUUAAUGUCCCAUUUGGUUUCUUUUAUGAUAUUUUUAAGCUUAAAUGCAACGUGGAGUAUGUUCAGGAGAACUUAAUUUGUGUGUCUGCUACUGCAAGUCUAAAAAAUAAACUACUUGUUAAACUGCA